AUGAGUCAUAGAGUUCAAUUGCUUCUGGGAGCAUACCAUAUGACAUUUCCUUUGAAAAGUGUUGACAAAACGAUUGAGAUGAAAUCUGUUCCAUACGUAUGUUAUGGUAAUUGUUUGUACAUUGAGUCUAAAAUAGCUAAUGUCACAGGCAUUUCAGGAGUUAAUAGUAAAGGUUCAGUAGAAUAUAAAUCCUUCUGUUAUGCAGUCAAUUCAAUGUUCAUUCCAAACGUUCCUGUCAUAGCAACUCAUUUAGGUAAAUGGGUUCGCAUUAGUCCUCAUAAUUUGAAAGACAUGCAAUUCAGACUUGUUGACUUUCAAGGAGAGCCUGUAGAACUGAAGGCACCAGUGCGAAUGACUGUUGAAGUUGACUUUUUAGAAAAUAUUAAAUGCAACAGCUUACAAGAGAACUCAGAGCUAAAAAUAUAA